AUGGCGCCCCGUGGUCGUGGAGGAAAGUUCUCCAAGCCCUCGCGUGGAGGUGGCAAGCACUUCAGUCGGGAUGUUCAGCCCACAGACAAGGAUGGAAACCCAGUUGGUCUUUGGCGGGAACCAGGAGAAGAGGUAGCCUCAUCGAGCGAGGAAGAGUCCUCGUCCGAAGAGGAAAGCUCCGAGGAAGAGAGCGGCGACGAGGCCGGACCGAGCGAGACAUCGGAAGCAGCGCAGAGCCGCGAAGAGCGUCGAGCCGCCGCCAAAGCUAAGAAACAGGCCGCCAUCGCAAAGCGCAAGCAGGGUGCCGCACAACCGGGUGACCUGCCGCCGUCUGAGUCGGAGGACGAGGACGAGGAGCUGCCGGCCAACCCGAACCACACGGCCAAGUCGCGGUCGCAGCUGGAGAAGGCCCCUGAUGCAGAGCCCAAGAAGAAGAAGGUCCAGGAUCUGUCGCAGCUCUCGCGGCGCGAGCGCGAGGCUAUUGAGGCGCAGCAGGCGCGGGAGCGCUACAUGAAGCUGCACGCAGAGGGCAAGACGGAGGAGGCGCGGUCGGAUCUGGCGCGGUUGGCUCUUGUGCGCGAGCAGCGGGAGGCUGAGCGCGCUCGCAAGCAGGCGGAGAAGGACGAGAAGGAUGAGCAAGCCAAGGAACGGGCGGCCGCGGCCAAGGAGCGCGAGGACAAGCUGCGACAGGCGGCGUUGGGGAAGCCCAAAAAGGGCGGGAAGAAGAAAUGA